UUAAAAGACCACAGAAGAGUGUGUGUGAAAUUACAUGUAACACGAUUAACAUAAACCUCGACUUCAGGUCCUGUAAUCUGCAUGAAUUACUGCACUUUUAUAUCUGGACCAUACUGUGCAUUUUAAACUGUUUAUUUUUAUCAUGUUUAUUAUAUUAAUAUUUAGUAAAACAGUCAUUUUUUGUAUACAGGAGGCUGAGUUGGUCCAUCUGUGCAGAGUUGUAAGAGUCAUAAACAAACACCUUAGCAAAAUUCUAUUAUUUUUAAUGUAUUAUUAAAUAUUUCUUGGUGAAGUAUUGUUCACUUUUGUUUUUUAAACUUUACCCUAAUCACUCAUUUUGUGCUCCCAGCUGCUUGUGCACCUUACCUUAUAUGGAGUUUUGUGGGCAUCACUACAUGCAAAUGAGCUGUGUCAUGAGCGUGGUUUGCACAUUUAUGGUGAUCAUGCCAGUUUGUAAAAUUCAGCUUUUCGAAAACUAAAUCCGGCAGUAAAUCUUUCCAAAUGCAACAACAAAAGUUGCAUUCUUGCAAAGCUUUCUUUCUUUCUUUAUUUCGUUUUUUCUUUCUUUGUUAAUUUUCACUUCUCACUGCAAUGUAUUUUCUCAUAAAUUAGUAUUCUUUUUUAUGUAGGUAGGUGUUCUAAUCUUACUUAAUGCUCUGAAUGCUCUGUUUUCCCCAGGUAAUGUAAAAAUAAUGAUGUCAGUAAGAUGUAAAUUUGGUAUGGGGUUAUUUGCAGAGCAUAUAAAUAUGAGACACCAGUUGUAAUAAAACACUAAUGAAAGUGACACUAUUUGGUGCAGAGAAAUGUUUUUUUAUUAGGGUUUUUUGCUUGUUUAUGCUUGUGAUUUUAGAUCAAUGAACCUGACAGAGUUUAAUCAGUCUGAUGGCUGUGAUCAUUUCUCCUGUCCAGAGAGAUCUUUAUCUCCUGCAGUUUACAUCUUACUGUACGUGUGUUCAGCUGCUGUGGUUCUGCUAACAAUGUGUGGAAAUCUGCUUGUCAUCAUCUCUGUUCUUCACUUCAAGCAGCUUCACACACCAACCAACAUGCUGGUGCUCUCUCUGGCUGUGUCAGAUUUCUUGGUCGGACUUUUCGUGAUGCCAUUUCACUUCACGUGGCUGAUUGAGUCUUGCUGGAUGUUUGGACACAUUUUUUGCAUCUUGUUUAAUUUCAUGAGUUUUCAGCUCACGAGUGUGUCUGUGGGAAGCGUGGUUCUGAUUUCUCUCGAUCGUUACAUGGCUUUAAGCAAUCCUUUUCUGUACCUGAAGGAUAUCACGUCUAAAAUUGUUCACACUCUGAUAGUCUUGUCAUGGGUUUUUUCAUUUUUGUAUAACUUUGUGUUUUUUUAUGUGAAUGGAAACUUUACAGAUUUAUUUCUGUGUCCCGGUGAAUGUCUGGUCGGUACAUACAACGAAGUCGGCUCGGCAAUCGACCUCAUUUUCAUCGUCGUGAUUCCCUGUGGUUUGAUGCUUGUGUUGUACUUCCAGGUCUUUGUAAUUGCUAGGAGGCAUGCAAAUGCCAUACGAGAUCUCAAUCAAAACAAGAAAAACAUCUCCAAAAAUGUCUCAGAGGUCAUGAAAUCUGAAAGAAAGGCUGCUAAAGUGCUGGGCAUUCUGGUUUUUGUGUUUCUGGGAUGUUUGGUGCCGUAUUACAUCUGUACUUUAAUGAGCAAUACAGCGUCAUCGUACAUCGUGAUCAAUAAUAUUCUAAUUCUUUUUUAUCUGAAUUCAUCCAUUAAUCCUGUUAUCUAUGCCCUGUUUUACUCCUGGUUCCAGAAGUGCACAAAAAUGAUUUUAUCCUGCAAAAUAUUGCACACAGAUUGUUCUUUUGUAAAUGUAGUAUGA